AUGUCAAUGGUGACCGGAUCAAGCAAGAAUGUUGCUGUAUCUUCAUUGAAAGGUUCUAAAGAGGAAAAUGGGAAAUGUGGUAAUAGAUCUUUGAGAAGAACUAUUUUUAAACCAAGCCAAAUUAAAAAUAACGCUAGAAAUGAAAAGUUAAGAUCACAAUUAAGAGACAAAUUUUCUUCACCAACAGAUAGGUUAUUAUCGCCAUGUUCUCAAAAAUUGAACCAAUACAAAGUUAAAAAAUUUGCAUAUUUGAAAAAUAAAAACAUCUCAGCAGGCAAUUCAGCAGCAAGCGGUAAGAAAGAACCAACAAAGUUGAGUUUCACAGAAACAAACACCUCUGAUUCAGAGUAG